AUGGAAGAAAUCGUUACGGAGAUCCUGGCGCGCCUGCCCGUGAAGCCACUCCUGCGGUUCAGGUCCGUGUGCAAGGCCUGGCGAGCCAUCAUCUCCGACCCCGUCUUCAUCCGAGCACACCUCCGCUGCCCCGCCUCCAACUGGGAGCGGAGCCCUCGCUUCGUCAUCAGCCCGCACACCCUGGACGAAGUCAUCCCCGACGAGCGCUGGCCGAGCACCUUCUCCAACCACCUCCGCUUCUACCAGUGGCAGCUGCAGCAACGCGGCAAUGGCGGCAACUCCCCCAAGAAGAACAAUGCGGCGACGUUCUUGCACGCGCUCUACGUCUUCAACUCAGCCACCAGGGAGGCCAUCACACUGCCGGACGGUUACCGGAACUUCCUGCGAGUAGGUGGAAGAGGCUGCUGCUACUGCGGCGGUCUAGGGCUGGAUCCGCGCACCGGCAAGUACAAGGCAGUCCAGGGCUUCUACCGGUCAUGGGAGCCUGACACGAACCUGCGGACAGUCAUGGGGAUGGAGGUGCUCACCAUCGCCGGCGAGGACGGUGAAGAUUGGAGGGAGAUCAGGAAUGAUCCUCCGUACCCUGUCGAGAGAUUUCAGGGCUGCCGUGACUAUUAA